CAACAAGUGUCUUUUCGGCUCUUCGAAUAUCACAACGGGCUCUAGAUCCUUCGAAUCAAAAUUUAUUUAAUUAAUUAAUUGAAUUUUAACAAACUUACAAAAUGUGCCUUCUGCCCGGUCGCUUCAUCUGGUCAGCUUUCAUUGUGACGAUGGUGGGUCUAUCCGCAACGAUCGAAGCCAGACCCCAGAGGAAUCUGCAGCACAUUGCCGUGGUGGAGAAUGCCGCCUGGGAAAAGACACUUCCGCAGCAGUUCCAGAACCCUUUCUACAAUACCCCAAGGGUGAGGGAUGCCCUGGCCAGAUCCAGUUGGUUUGGACCCGGCGAGGAGGUGGUUUAUGACCGCCAGGCUGAAAAAAUUCCUCGCAUGGAAAUCUACAAUGUGCUGUCUCAUGCUGGUUUGAUACCACGCCGGCGUUUUCUUUAAAUUAUGAAUAUUCAAUACCGC